GGUUUCUACGAUGUUCUAUUCAAGGGCAAGAAACUCGAGUUCCGGCAUCCUUAUAGCUCCUAUGUCAUGGAGAAUGUCCUCUUCAAGGUGUCAUACCAUGCUAAAUUCCACUCCAGACCGCCGUUGAAGAUCAAAGAAAUCACCAACCGCACCUACGAGACCUCCAUUCGAAUCAUCGAUAAGCAAUUCAAGCCUAUAGACAACCUUACUGACCGAGAUCACUGCGUUCAAUAUAUGGUUAGAGUCAUGUUGGCGUUCAACCGC